CAAGUGUCAUGAGUGGACUUGUGCUAAACUUCAAAUCUAUCCAGCUAUCGGUGCUGCGGUCAGCCUACGUGCUCUAUCGGGACUUUUACAACCAAAUGAAGGACAGAAAACAUUAAAAGAGGAGGCGGGAGGAUGUCGGUGGACGUGCUGCUGCAGGAGGCCAAGGAGAGCAUCGAGGCAGCUCAGAACUAUCGCGGCGAGCUCCAGCAGCGCCUGCACGGCCUCAACCAGGCCCGCAAACAGGUGCGGGGCAGCUCCGGUCAAUCCCGCGAGGCCCUCCGAAGGCACUUUGCAGAACUGCAGGCGACGGCGACUCAUCUGCUGUCAGAGCGACUGAGCGCCCUGCUGUCCGAGGUGGACGCCAUCGAGGCGGACAGCAUCAGGCCCCUGGACGACUGCCAGAGCCUCAUCGAGCACGGCGUGGGCCAGGCAGACGAGCUGCUCCGAGAGGCAGGGGAGGCCGCGCUGCGCUGUGGUCUCGGCGAGAAAGAAGACAAACUGGGGAGCUUCACAAAGAAGGCCAUGCACAUCCAGUUGGACAGUCUCCCUGAGGUUCCGGCUCUGGUGGACGUUCCGUGUGUUUCCGCCCAGCUGGACGACUCCCUGCUGGGCCUCCUCAGGGAACGUGUGUCCCGCCACGGCUCUGUGGCCUCCCACCCGCCCGUGCAGAUCGAGGAGCUGCAGGAGAGGCCGGGGAGCAUCCUGGUGCGCUGGUGCAAGGUGGACGAGGACUUUGCCGCCGCCGACUAUCGGCUGCAGUAUCGGCGAGCCGGCAACGGCGGGGGCCAGUACGAGGACGCCUACAUCGGUCGGGAUUGCGACUUCCUGGUUCUCCACCUGGACGCGCACACCGACUACUUGUUCAGGGUGUGCGCCCGCGGGGAGGGCCGCACCGAGUGGAGCCCCUGGAGCAUCCCGCAGACCGGAUACACAACCCUGGCGCCGCACGAGUGGUGUCCCGGCAGCGAGGGCUACAUCCUGAGCAGCAGGAAGAACAUCGCCUUGAGGAAUGACUCCUUCCAAUCCAGCUGCCCCGUCCUCUACUCCAACGCACCCACCUACUUCUGCGGCCUCACCCUCACCUUCAAGAUUACUGCAGCGGGUCAGCCAGAUCGCAGGGACAGUCUGGGCGUGUCCGUGCAUGGAGGAGCAGGAGUUGGGAAACGGUCGCUUCAGAGGGACCAGGCCGUGUGCAUCUCCACCAACGGCGCCGUCUUCGUCAACGGCAAAGAGAUGACCAAUCAGCUUCCCGCCAUCAGCCUGGGCUCGGCCGUCACCUUCGACAUGGAAGUGGUGGGCGUGUUCCCGGUCAACAACAACAACGUGAGCGAGGGCGGCGGCGGCGGCGGCUUCAAGCUGAGAGUGACCAUCGGCUCGGGAAACAGGGAGGUAGUGUUUGAUUGGCUGCUGGAGCAGGCGGUGGACGGCCUCUUCUUCGGAUGCGCCUUCGUUUACUCGGGAUGGAAGGUGCUGGUCUUUUAACGCCGCAGCUCCUCCCCUUUUUUCCUCUUUCUACUUUUUAAUCACCUGAUGCACAAACUUCAAAGGUGCUCAUCACCCCCCCCCCCCCCCAUGUGACAGCUUCCUCCUCCUUUUUUUGACUGAUGCUCGUUAGCUGAUUCGUACUAAUCGACUCGCCAUCCUUCAAGGUUGUCACGUUGACUUCCUGUUUACGUGAGGCAGGAAAGCCUCCCAAACCUGCUGGAGUUUCACGUUUGCUGAGAAACCAUCCGCAGUUCCUCUGCCGUUCUUCAAAGCACUUCCACACUGUCGGGCCUUGUGCAGACAUGAAACACCAACGAGGAUCACUUUCCCUCGCCGGGUUUCCACCGAGUGCGGCAACUCGGUGGAAGGCCCCAAAGAAUUGAACAAAGAAGAGGAAGGCACCACAGUAAACAAAGACAACAAUGGAGGACGCGUUGGUCUUCUUCCAGUAGGGGAAGUCUCUGUCCACCAAUCAUCACGCUGCUCUGGUACUCCUUUUCCACUGCGGCCGACUUGGUGCCGGUGCAGAUGUGGUCCAGGGCUGGAGUUGAACCGGAAACAAAUGGUUAAUAUGAACGCAGAUUACAGAUGUAAACGACGCUGCAGUGUGAUGUGCGAUACCAUCGAUUCCAUUUCCGAGCUCAUACUGGGAAAAAUUCGGGCUGGCCUUUGUUUUUGUCACUUGUACAAGUACAAGCCAAAUACUGCAGUCAUCCGUCCAUACAUAUACAACGUACUAUGCCGUGAGACAAGGGGUGACAGUACAGGAUGAUUGUGCGAUGAACCCAUUACUAGCGUGCGCUCCUCAAAGCGUUUGUGGCAAUUUCAAGUCACAUUUUAGAAAAUCUGAAUUAUGCACUUCACACUGACAUGAAAAUCAGAUACAAAGACAUCGGAAUUGACCUGCAGUGUGAACAUAGCCUAAAUGGAGUGUGUAGAUUCAAGGAAUAAACCUGGAUGGUGACUUAGAUGUUUCUAUCCUGGUGUAUGUGGUGGAAUCACUCCUUCAUAAUGGCCGUUCAAGAUGAUCUUGUCAUUUUAAUAAUCCUCCACAUCCCUCACAGACGUCAACGGCCGUACAAAAUAUUUAUUGAAGCAGGAAGGUAAAAUUCUGGCAUUUUCGGACCAAAUGAAAGUUGAAACGGAGGUAACGCCUCCCCCACUCGAUUAUGCAAACGGUUCAGCACUCGAGCCAGAGGUGAACCACUAAAGUUCAGCACCCCCGUGGAACCAACAUCAUGGAAAGCCAAAGCUACUGUGAACCAGUCACGGUGGAAAAGGGGCACGUGUUGACCUCCGUCCCUUUAGGUACCCACCCCCUGUGAAUGGUACCGCAGAAUGCUGUAACCACGGAAACCAUCCCGUCUUGAGUGCGGGGUAUUUAGCCUCAGUCCAACAGGGUCCACUUGACGGUACAAAGUUCUCCACUGUAGAGAACCUCAGUGAGUGGUCUUUACUGUCUUAAUGUUGUCAUGUGUCAGAUGUUAUGAGGAGGCAGUGUUGCCACCAUGCAGGUUUUGUGCAACAGGAAGUUGACUCAUUCAUCAACUGAGGCUACUUUUUGAGCUAACGUUAACUGAAGUGACUGUUUUGCUUUCUUUUGUGGACGUGGUGGAGGUCGCCGUCACCAUGGAGACAAUUGUACUAUGAUGCUUUUUUUUUUUUAAAUAUAAAGUCUGUGUGUCAAAGCUCUCUAGGAACAAAUAAAUACUUGGCAAGGUC